GAUCUAUUAGGUUAUUAUUAUAAUGAAGUGUAGAACAUAGCUUUGUGAUCCAUAUUUUUAAUUUUCAUUACUAAGUAGCUCUACAUCUCGAAGUUACGCUGACAAGUAGGAGCAAGCCCAGAGCAGCAUUUUAUUUUUCUAUUACUGUCAUGUCAAACUUUAAAAAGACCACCUUGGCUGGUGGUGGGCGUAAAAAGACAGGCCCCAAACCAGAGCUGACAGAGGAACAGAAGCAAGAAAUCCGGGAAGCAUUUGAUCUCUUUGAUGCUGAUGGAUCAGGAACUAUUGAUGCUAAAGAGCUCAAAGUUGCCAUGAGAGCUCUGGGGUUUGAACCCAAGAAAGAAGAGAUUAAGAAAUUGAUUGCAGAGAUUGAUAAAGAAUCAACAGGCUGCAUUGAUUUUGCUGACUUCCUAACACUAAUGACCUACAAAAUGAGUGAGAAAGACUCUAAAGAAGAAAUCCUCAAAGCUUUCCGUUUGUUUGACGAUGAUGAAACAGGGAAAAUUUCUUUUCGUAAUUUGAAGCGGGUCGCAAAGGAGCUUGGGGAAAACAUGACAGAUGAAGAAUUACAGGAAAUGAUUGAUGAAGCAGACAGGGAUGGUGAUGGGGAGAUAAAUCAAGAGGAAUUUCUCAGAAUCAUGAAGAAAACAAGUUUAUACUGAGUUGUCCCUCUUUUACUGUGAAAUAAUUUGUGAUUUGUAUAAAGUGUGUAUGUGUUUUGGGGCCAAACAUGUUGUUUUUUUCUCAAGUAUUAAUUGAUUCAAUGAAAUGUACAGGACAUCAAACUCUCUGAGUUCCUUGAAAUCAAAUAGAACUCUAUUACUGACAUGCAAAAGAAUAUUUGUGAAUUGUUUCCCUUAUGUCUUAUAAAAGGUUUUGCUUGUCAAUUAGAUUCAUGCUGUAAUGUUGGUACUUAAAAAUUUUAAGCAUUGAUGACAUUUUUUUUUCAUUUGAUUAAUAAUUUAAUGACUCCACAUAGCAUCUUUACUUCAAUUACGUCAAUCAUAUUUAUUACCAGACCUGUUAGCGCUCCAAAAGGUAAUAUUUAUAUAUUUAUGACAUUCCUGAAUCCCUGCAACAAAUUUAUACUACCACUACUUUGUCUGUUCUGUAUAGCCCUUAGGGCUACUCAUCUUUUCAUCCUUUUUCUUUUCAGAUAUCUUGGUUGCUUAGCAUCAGAUCUGAGUUUUGUAUAGAACAAAUAUUUUCAUAGCAUUUUUUGGUUUUAAUGCCCUACUUUUGUUGGGUAAUACUGUAAAUUCAAAAUAAAAUGUGUGUGUUUUU